AAAAAAAAGGGACUUUGCUGUCAAAUUUAAAACAGCUGAUUUAUAACCUAAAACAAAACAUUAAUAGUGAAUAAGUAUCAUAUUUAAGAGUUUUUGAUGUUGCAAUAGCCUUAUAAUGGAGAGAAUCAUCAAAAUUGGAAAAACGUUAAGAAACAAUUGGAAAAAAUCAGUAUUUGGCGCUUUCGUGGUUUAUUAUGGCGCCUCAACACUUAAAGAAAGAUAUCAAAUAAAUAUCUUAAUGCGAGCAGCAUGCAAAGAAGCUGCUAAAUAUGGUGAUGCCUUAAUCCCAAUAGACAGAAAUCCAACGUUGGUCACUGUUAUACUCAAUCCUGUAGCGAAUAAACGUAAGGCUAAAAAAGAUUAUGAAAAAUACUGUGAGCCUUUGUUACUAUUAGCUGGAUUACAGGUUGACGUUAUACAGACAACAUCAGAAGGUAAUGCCAAAGAAGUAGUUGAGACCCUGCGUGGAACAGAAGCUAUUAUAGUUGCAGGAGGAGAUGGAACUCUAUCUGAGACAGUAACAGGUUUACUACGGAGAAACGAUGAGGCUAAUAGAUUCCCGUUAGGUGUUUUACCACUUGGUCGUACCAAUAGUCUUGGUAACAUUCUAUUUCCUGGCGGAGAAGGUGUGGAGAAGGUAAAACAGCUUAUACAAGCUUGUAUGGCAAUAAUAGAAAAUAAUACGACAUGGAAAGACGUAAUGAAGAUUGAACCAAUAGAUACUGGAGAUGAAACCCCAAAUAAACCCGUCUAUGCUUUGACAUCGAUAGAAUGGGGAGCUUUUCGGGAUACACUUUCGAAGAAAGAUAAAUACUGGAUAUAUGGACCGCUGCGAGGAUAUGUUUCUUAUAUAUUCAAUGGAUACAAAAAUUCCUUAUGCUGGGAAUGCAGUGGAUCACUGAAAUAUUCACCUCCCUGUCAUGGAUGCGAAAAUUGCGUCACGAAAAAACCAGAGAUUAAAAGAAAAUGGGCAUUUUUCAUUCCUAAUACUCAAGCGGCACCACAACUAGAGCCAAAAAGUAUUACAAACCCAGAAUGUGCUGUGAUUAAUGAAUUGUGCUUUAAAUCAACUGAUUUUAGGAUCCAGCCUCAAGUUAACGACGGUUUGUCCGCUUUGAGCGUAGGAUUAGGAAAGAAUAAAUACACUUAUACGGAAUUCGUUUCUGAAGGUUGGCGACGUUUGAACGGCGAAAGUGACACACCAGAGGUAAUUAAAGCUAGAACUAUCGAAUUACGACCGCUUGAAAAUAAAUCCGAUGUUGUCAUUGCUAUUGAUCAAGAAGAAUUUGACGUGAAGCCUGUCAAAAUCACUUUAUUACCAAAAAUGGUUAAAUUUUUCUGUAAACCUGAAUAAAAUGUUAAAUAUA